GACUUUCACUCUCUGCAGAGCAGAUCAGGCACCACCUGCUGCGGGGACCGGGGGUCCUGGGCUUGUUUGUGGAGGGCUGACCCCAUUGGCUCAAUCUCUCUUUCCACUUGCGGCCAGUUGCGCCCUCUUGGCAGAGAGGGCAGGUGUUCCCAGGCACGGGGGCCAUGGCAGGGCCUCCCCAUCCCAGGAUGGCUGAGGGUGUGACCUAUGCUGACCUGAGGUUUGUGAGGACCCCUCCAGCGAAGAGCCAGGAGAAAGAGGCCAGUGAGGGAGAGCUCACCUAUGAGAAUGUCCGGGGCCCUGGGGCCCUGGAAGAGAAGGCUCUGCGCAGCUCAAAGGACACGAAAGAGUCAGCACGUCGGACCUGGUUUGCAGCCCUGGCGGUGCUGGGCACCUGCCUCUUCCUUCUAGCCACCACCAUAGGACUCGGGGUCCGAUACGGGCAGGUCUCCCAGCAGUUCCACCAGGAAUCCCAAGGCCACGCAGCACAGAGCAGCCUCCUGGCACAGAGAAUUGAAGCCAUGAAGCAUAGCCUAGACCUCCUGGCACAGAGAAUCGAGGCCACGGAGCAGAGCUUGGCCCAUUCCCAGCAGCAGCUGCAGGAGGCUGAAAGAGACCUUGGAGCCACCCAGGUGGCCCUGGAGGAGAGCUGGAGGGCUGGGAACAGAACUCAGCAGCGACUGGAAGAAGAAGUGAGGCGAGGCAACAGCAGCCUGGCUGUCAUGAAGCAGGAGAAAGAGGAGGCGGAGAGGAAUCUGGAGCAGGCCAGAUCUUGCCAGCAGAUGGGCUGCUGUCCAAGUGGAUGGAAGCUCUUCAGAUGGAAAUGCUUGUGGAUUGCAAGUUCAGCAGAAAAGAAGAACUGGGAAGAUAGCAAACUAGACUGCCAGGAUAAAUCGUCUCAACUACUUACAUUAAAGCCCUGGAAUGCAAGAGAAUUAUGGAAUGCUGCAAUAGCAAGGAAUGAUGAGAGCACUUCACAAUCCAAAGAAUAUUGGAUUGGACUUGCAAAAUGGUCAUCAUACAAGAAGGUUUGGUUUUAUGUCGAUGGCUGCCCCUGGGAAGAAACUACACGUUUUGGAACUUGUGAAAAGGAUGGCCGUUGCGUGCAAAUGAGCCAAGGAGUGUUGAAAACAUGUAACUGUUGGUCAAACUAUCGAUACAUCUGUGAGAAGGCAGCUAGCCCUGUAGAGCCAGCCCACACCCUUGGUCAGUAGGCCCAAAAACUGCACUCCUUUCCCAGCUCCUUCCUGCUCCUGUUCCAUUCACAACUUGGCCAGCCAUGAGCCUCUUUUGUGGUGUGCUGCCUUCCCCCUCAACCAGACCAGUGGCUCCUGGGGCAACGUGCUUCUCUCCCCUCCAGUUGGACUCCCCACACCGGAUGGGAUUCCUGCCUCCACCACAGCUGGCCACUCGCUUCCUUGUGUUGGCAACUAGAAAAGCCUUUUUCUAAGCCAGGAUCCUGAUGGAGUGACGGACAGGUGUGCUUCCGCUUCCUUCUAGAAUGGCAAGACGGGCUGCUAAUCCCUGCCAGGUACCACAAAGAAGAGGUAAUGGGAUUCCUCCAGCACGGAAGGAGCGUGCAGAGUGAAAAUGCAAUAAAUAAAUAAAUAAA